UCUGGAUUCAAAUGAAAAAUUCAGUAACUUAUCAAGAUAUAUUGUAUAUAGCAUGUUAAACAUCCAGGCUUGUGACAAGGACUCCCAAUGUGGUGGAGGCAUGUGCUGUGCUGUCAGUAUCUGGGUUAAGAGCAUAAGGAUUUGCACACCUAUGGGCAAACUGGGAGACAGCUGCCAUCCACUGACUCGUAAAGUUCCAUUUGUUGGGCGGAGGAUGCAUCACACUUGCCCAUGUCUGCCAGGCUUGGCCUGUUUACGGACUUCAUUUAACCGAUUUAUUUGUUUAGCCCGAAAGUAAUCGCUUUAGAGUAGAAACCAAAUGUGAAUAGCCACAUCUUAUCUGUAAAGUCUUACUUGUGAUUGUGCCAAACAAAAAAUGUGCCAGAAAGAAAUGCUUUUGCUUCCUCAACUUUCCAAGUAACUUUUUUAUCUUUGAGUUUUAAAUGAUUUUUUUUUUUUUUUAAAUCGGGAAUUUUACUUUUGGAUAGAAAUAUAAAGUGUAAGGCAUUGUGGAACUGGUUCUCAUUUCCCUGUUUGUGUUUUGGUUUGGUUUGGCUUUUUUCUUAAAUGUCAAAAACAUACCCAUUUUCACAAAAAUGAGGAAAAUAGGAAUUUGAUAUUUUGUUAGAGAAACUUUUUUUUUCCUCACCAUCCCAAGCCCCAUUUGUGCCCCGCCACACAUACGUACAUACAUACAUACAUACAUACAUACAUACAACUUUUGGUCCCUUGCCUCUUCCACCUCAAAGAAUUUCAAGGCCCUUACCUUACUUUAUUUUUCUCCAUUUCUCUUCCCUGCUCGUGCAUUUUAAAGUGGUAGGUUUAUCUCUGAGUUUGAUGGCAGAAUCGCUGACGGGAAUCCAGCUUUUUGCUGGCUAUUUAAAUAGUGAAAAGAGUUUAUAUGUGAACUUGACGCUCCAAACUCCUCUCAUGGCGUGGACGCUGGGAGUGCUGCCGGACCCUUCCUAAACCUGUCACUCAAGAGGACUUCGGCUCUGCUGUUGGGCUGGUGUGUGGACAGAAGGAAUGGAAAGCUAAAUUAAUUUAGUCCAGAUUUCUAGGUUUGGGUUUUUCUAAAAAUAAAAGAUUACGUUUACUUCUUUUUCUUUUUAUAAAGUUUUUUUUCUUAGUCUCCUACUUAGAGAUAUUCUAGAAAAUGUCACUUGAAGAGGAAGUAUUUAUUUUAAUCUGGCACAACACUGAUUACCAUUUUUAAAUCGGUAUUAAGUUGUAAUUUAAACGUUGUUUGUAACCGAAAGGUCGAUUGUAAUGGAUUGCCGUUUGUACCUGUAUCAAUAUUGCUGUGUAAAAAUUCUGUAUCAGAAUAAUGACAGUACUGUAUAUCAUUUUAUUUUAAUAGUAUAUCCUUAUUUUUGUCACGGGUGUUGUCAGUUUUUAUUAUAAGCAGAUUUCUAAAUAGGCUAUGUCCCAACAUGGAGAAAGACCCCAAGGUUGGUAAAAUAGCCCCAGAGAUAUGUGCAUUUUCAUCUUACAUACAGCAGAAUUCUGUUUGCAUGGAUUUUAAGGUAGUUCAAAAAAUAAACAAUGUGUAAAUCAGUGGGGUUUUGGAGCGUGAAGGAAAAGGAUG